GGCACGCUGAAGUUUUGGGGGCUGUUGUAAUUUAUUAUCUGGACGAAUGGAAGGAAAUUUUCUCUCCUAAUCAAAAGUAGCUUGAGUGUUGCACGGGUAGCUUUUGACACCUUUCGCCUAUCGUUGGGCGGUUGUCUACUACUGAGCUCGGCCGGCCAACAACCUGCUACCUGUGACCGGACGGACUGAAAAUGACUUCAACAACUAUGCUCGCCAUUGCUGGCGUGCUGCUGUCGACCGUGACUAUCUGCAUCACAGGUAGUUCAGCCAAUGCAGUCAACCCAGCCAAUCCUGCUCUGGACAAAUGCCUGCAAGGCUGCUUGUCGGGCAUUUGCCUGCGAGAUGAGACACUGUCGAGAACGUAUGACUGUUUCUAUGUCAUUCAGUACAAGUCCGUCCGCAACGUCAGCGACGGCAAGAGCUACCGUAGCAGCGAAUAUUUCGCAAUUUCCUCCACGAAAAUGUCUGCGAACGCCACCAAGACAUUCACCACAGCCGUUGGCGGUAACACCCAUGGAUACUCAAUGUACCAGACCAAGUACACUGAACUCAAACCAUCCCCCAGUUUACCACGGCCUGAAUACUACAGGCAACUGUUUGGUAUAAUUUUAACUCGACUUCGGGCCAUCAAGCGUUAUGUUUCAACUACCGACGUCCUGAAUGUCAUUGGGAAUUGUGCUCACACAGAGCCUGGUCCUGGCCCUGGACCUAGAAUAGGAAAAAUGUUUGUUAAUGCAUUCAGGGUCUAUCAGUUUCUAGAGAAUUCCCUGUACGUCUAUUGGUCGUCCGCUAUACGCAAUGGAGGCUGCGGCGCACAGCUGCCGGUUAUGUACACGGUGAAACAGCCGCAGGCACCAUCCUUCAUUUCGUGCACACGGGAAGUCGAGUACUACAUUCCGCUCUCCGGCCAUGAACCACGCACGUAUGCGCAAGCAGAACAGCUCUGCAAGGGCUCUCAGGUCAUGGAGAACAAUUACACCGGUGACUUUUAUCCGUACAAAUGGCACGGUGGACAGGUCUUCCAGGGGGGCCUGACCGGCGAGCUGGCGGAUUUCUUUCAGCGCACGCCCGCCGUGCUGCCGGGCCAGGGACUGGUGUGGAAGAGUGGCUGCAACACAACGCAGGCCGGGGCUGCCGCCGCCGGGGGACAGCAGUGCGAACUGUACGAUCAGAGCGGGGAGCUGCUGAGCAGACGCGCGUCACCCGACGAGCGCCACUACGUCGUCUGCGAGCGACCGGUGGUUAGGGAUGAUAAGUUCAAGCUGUUGUAACUUGAACCGGGGCGACGCAUAACGCUUGGCAGCAACAAUGCUCAUAUGAAAGCAUGAAUAAUGGGUGGCUUAUCAAGAAUGAAAAUCAGGAAAACUCCGGCAUUGGCAGAUUACUUCUCUCUUUCUCUCUCUCUCUAUCUUUCUGUCUCUGUUUGUCUGUCUGUCUGUCUGUCUGUCUCUCUCUCUCUCACACACCAACUUUACAUGUAAGCUCUUGUGACCCUUCUCACUGAGGCUGCUAGUGACCGAUAGCUAUUUCAAAAACUCGCUGCUCCAAUCAAAUCUCCCUUUUCUGUGUCUUUCUUCAGCUUCGUAUUCGCACAGUUCACCAUUCUUAUUAUCUUGUAUGUUGUAUUGCUGCAUUGUCUAACUCCACUUGAGCAGAGUUCUAUCCGGUCACUUAUAAGUUAUAUCCUCAUUGAACACUAGUGACAGUUUGUAUACCUCACAGCGCAUGGGUUACUGUGAAUUCCUGACAGUCGUUCUCUCCCCUCUGAGAUGGCCAUUUGUCAUUCUAGUUUCUGAUUGGUAUUCUCAAAUAGCCACAGCCCAUUAUCUGCCAAAGCUCGAAUUUCUAAUAACAGACUGCUGUCAGUUCAUCUGA